AUGGGCGCGGCCGCCGCGCUGCGCAUGCGCGGGACGGGCGCGGCCCCUGCGCCGCCGCCGCCGCCGCCGCCGCCGGCAGUCGACCCAGAGCCUCCGACGCGGGAGGGCCUCAACGCGUGCGCCGUCUACCUGUCCGCCGCCGGGCGAGUUGGUAGCUGUUGUGGACUCUUAGUGUCGAAGCUUCCAAAUCCCUGCAGCAACAACCACGAAUUACUUCUACUUCGCCAGUGCAUCAUUGUCAACUGCGAAAGUAGAAAUGUUCUUGAACGAAAAAAAAAAGAAACUAAUAUAUUUACCGCGGACAAGAGUCGAUGUUCAAAAAAAAAAAACUUCCUUUUACGUCAAAAAAUCUACAUCAGUAGACACCUCACAAACUGA